AUGCAGAGAUUGGGAAAUGGACUUGCAGUCCUCAAAAUGGCUUAUGGCUCCGUGGGAGCUAUCUAUGGAGAUUUGGGAACGUCCCCCUUGUAUGUGUUCUCAACCAUAUUUAGCGGCACCAGCAAUCCAAGUCACGAAGAGGUAUAUGGGGCAAUGUCGUGUAUCUUUUGGCUUUUCACAAUUGUUGUGAUAGUCAAGUAUGCUUUGAUUGUGCUGAAUAUCGGGCCAAACGACAACGAAGGUGGACAGAUUGCCAUUUAUUCCAAGAUUGCCAGAACGCUGAAGUUUGGCCCAAAGGGCGUGAAAAUUCCUGGCAGCAGAGAGUACGCCCAAGAGCUGGCUGACAAUGACGAUUUGCUUUCGCUCACGCGAACAAACACCAAUGCUUCCAAUUACUCGCAUGGAGACUCGAUGCCCAGCGAGCUCAUCAAAAGCUUCCUAUCAAAAUUCACUCUCGCAGUGUGCUUUUUGGGAUGCUCGUUGGUGUUCUCAGAUGGCCUUCUGACUCCAACGACAUCUGUGUUGUCUGCGAUCUCGGGCAUUGCGGUGGCAGUACCUUCUUUCGAGGACAAGGUGAUGCCUGUUUCGUGUGGUGUCCUGAUCAUUCUGUUUCUUUCCCAGAGAUUCGGGUCUGGAAAGCUGUCCAUGAUGUUCUCGCCAAUUGUCACUAUAUGGCUGAUUUGCUUAUUUGUCAAUGGAGUCAUCUGCGUUGCCAAGUUCCAUCCAAAAAUCAUGAAAGCACUUAAUCCAUACUAUGCAGUGCAGUUCCUAAAAGACCAAGGAAUCGACUCCUUCAGCUCCAUGAUGCUUUGUCUGACUGGCUGCGAGGCAAUGUUCGCCGAUGUCUCGCACUUCGGACCCCUGCCCAUCCAAUUGGCCCUGUGCUGUUUCGUGUACCCAUGUUUGAUAAUAUGCUACUUUGGACAGGCAGCCUAUCUGAUGGAGCACCCGACUGGCGUCUCAAAUGUGUUCUACCUUUCCAUUCCAGGUCAGAAUGGUGACGGCUACUACUGGUUCAUGUUCGUCAUGGCCACACUCGCAACCAUCAUCGCCUCUCAGGCUUUGAUACUGGGUGUCUUUAGCAUCCUGAAGCAACUCAUCACACUGGAUUGCUUCCCACGGCUGAAGGCCAUCUACACCUCGGAAAAACACUCUGGACAAAUCUUUAUCCCUGUCGCCAACUGGGUUCUGAUGGUCUGUGUGGUUCUUACAACAGUUGGAUUCAAAAACAGCAAUAACGUGACCGCAGCUUACGGACUGGGCAUCUCUAUCGACUUCAUCCUCACAACAAUCUUGAUCACUAUCUGCAUGAUAUAUGUCUAUCGGAUCAACAUAAUCAUACCAAUAGUGUUCAUGCUAGGUUUUGGCACUCUGGACGCCCUGCUGAUCAUUUCAGGUCUGCGAAAAGUGCCUAACGGUGCCUGGUUUCCGCUGGCAAUGGCUGGAAUCAGCUUCAUCUUUAUUUCCUUCUGGAGAUGGUGCAGAGGUCUCAAGGUCAACUAUGACCUCAGCUUCAAAAAGUCCGUGGACGAGUUAUUUGUGAGCUCGUCAACGGUCAAGGCCCAAAAAGAAGCAGUCGUCGUCAACUUGAACAGUGACAUUGGCAAAAAAAGAGACACUGUGGCUAACGACGAGGAGUCCGUGGCGUCUGUUCCCUCCUUUGGCACCACGGGAAACCAGGACGACCAAUAUCUGGAAAUGAAGUACUAUGGAAAUGUUGUCAAGAUCCCCAGAAACAAUCAUGUGGGAAUCAUGUACUGCACUUCUUCCACCACUCUCACCAACAGGAGCUGUCUGCCACACCUAUUUGAACAUCUGAUCCACUCCUUCAAUUCCGUGCCCAAGAUAUUCAUCCUCAUAGAGCCCCGUGUGAGCACGCUUCCGUUCAUCGAGGAAGAAGAAUCGUACCGUCUGCAAAGAAUUGCCGGUAUUCCUGGCUUCUAUAGAUGCAUUGUCCGGUCCGGAUUCAUGCACCAAACGUUGCUCACCAAGAAACUUUUGAGAAGCCUGCUACUGUCGAUUCCGGAUAUCGAAGAGCUCCAAAAUGUGUACGGCACAGACGAUGUGAUGGACGACAACAACCAUUUCACUGUUCCGAUCGUUCAUCUGUUUGAAAGGGAAUUUGUGUCGUCUAAGGAAUACGAUAGUAAGGACCUGGAGGAAGAGUCUAGGGCCAUGCGGAUUGCCAAGCUACCAUGGAGAGUCUUGAGAAGAUGGCUGAUCAACUACCUAUUUGCGCCGAUCAAUGGCAUUUCCAACAACAGCACGAUGGACUUCCUGCUUCCGCAGAAAAGCGAGGAACCUAACCAGGAGAUUUUGUACGUGGGAAACCGCAUCACUAUUUAA